CCGACAUCUUGCCUUUUUUCCACCGCCCUUUCGCUGCCGGCCUCAGUACUCUAACGAAAGGAAUAUCAGCCAGUCAUUGAACGGGUACUUCCACACGACAGAUUGCACACACGCCGACAUGGCCAUCCGGUACAUCAUCCUGCUCUCACGCCAGGGUAAAGUGCGUCUGGCCAAGUGGUUCACUACGCUGUCGCCCAAGGACAAGGCCAAGAUCAUCAAGGACGUCUCACAACUGGUCCUGGCCCGCCGCACUCGCAUGUGCAACUUUCUCGAAUACAAAGACACCAAAGUCGUCUACCGUCGAUAUGCCUCCUUGUUCUUCAUUGCCGCCACAGACCCAACCGAUAACGAAUUGAUCACCCUCGAGAUCGUACACCGCUACGUAGAACAGAUGGACAAGUACUACGGCAACGUAUGCGAGCUGGACAUCAUUUUCAACUUUCAAAAAGCCUACUUCAUACUCGAUGAACUGCUACUGGCCGGCGAGAUGCAAGAGAGCAGUAAGAAGAACGUGCUGCGGGUGAUAGGAGCUCAGGACAGCCUGGAGGAUAUGGAAGUCGAGGACGAUGCUGUUACAAGAAUCGGCUGA